AUGUCCCGCAAGCGCGGGUUCAACUACGUCCCCUCCACCGCGCAAGUCAACAACACCGCGGCUUUCUCCUCCGGCGGCGCAACCCGAAAAAACGUCAACAAUACCGACGACGGAAUCGGCGCUGGCACAGACACGUACACCUACUACCACGGCGACGCGUCCAAAUUCCCCAACCAAACGCAAUGGGUCAGCUUCGCCGACAUGUGGACCGCCAAUCUCGACACCUUCAAAUACUCGUGCGGUUGGCUAAAGCGCGGCGACGACAACACGCCCGAGAUGAUCCAGGACAUCUACAACGCGAUACAGGACCGGGCGAAUGCCUCGCUCGUCGACCACCGCAUCAUCCUCGCCACCAUCAUCCAGGAGACAAACGGCUGUCCGCUCGUCCCGCACACGACGUCCUCGGGCGGUACGCGGAACCCGGGCCUCAUGCAGAGCCACGAUGGCCAUGCGUAUGAUGCGAAGCACAGCCGCUUGUCGAUCCUGCAGAUGGUGCAGGAUGGGACGCAAGGCACGACGAAGGGGUGGGGGCUCGUGGAUAAUUUGAAUACCUAUGGGAAUCCGUAUAAGGCGAUGAGGGGGUACAAUAGCGGGUAUAUACCGGACAGCGGCGACUUGUCGGAGAAAGCGGGCGCUACCGCGUGCUAUGUCAGUGAUAUGGCGAAUCGACUGACUGGGUGGGUCCGGGCGAAGACAGAGUGCCCGGAUGAUAUGCACUAA